GUCGCUCGUUAAGCUGUGGCCAAUGGGAGAGUUGACCUGCUUAACGGCAGGCCUGAGGGGAAAAGAGAGGGAGAGAGACGUUGGGAGAACGGAUGGAUUUUUACAUUACGACCGUUGGUGAAGAAAAAUGAUGAAAGAAGACGACAAAACUAGAACAAAACCCAUACCUACUAAAACAUGAAGGGAAAUACCCAUUUUAUUUUAUAAGAGUUGUUAUAAUUUUGUUAAGACUUACUAAAGACUGAAGCUACCGUCUCAUCGUGGAGGUAUUUGCUAGCCUUGAGGUUAGCCUAGCAUCGUGUGACACCGAGAGAGAAUCGCUUGGGAAAGCUGAACGAGUUCAUGUUGCCAUGGGGAUAUCGGUUACUGCUAACGCUUCGAACACACUGACUGUGUUGUUGCGUUUCGAUACACCAGAAGUACAUUCAUUUCCAAUGGAACGCUGCGUUUGCCUUGCAGCAUUGCGUUGCAGAGGCAGUUGCAGUGCGUUCUGUGCGGUCGAACGUAUGCGUCAAAUUGUAUGCGUAGACUUGACAGAAAGUAGCAAAAUGUGAAUGUUGAAUUUUUGUUGCACACAUAUCCAGUAAAAAAAAGUGGGAUUACAUAUUAAUAACAGUUUGACUGGAGAAUUUCUUUACAUUUUUUAUUGAUUUAUUUGGCAAGUAUAUUAUUUAUUCGAUGACAUCCACAAAUGAAUUGUGAGAGCCUAUAAUAUAAUUUCCCUCCAAAAUGCAGCUUUGGAGCGAAAUGCAUAAUAAAUAGUCAAGGUGGCAGAGUCGGCUCUUUCAACAAUGAGACCAACGUUGAGGAAGGUGGUCUUGAUCGCGCUGUUGGGCCGGGACCAGCCCCGCCGAAAGCGCAGAACUGUGUGGGUCCAGAGAUGGUUAAAGUCCCGAAAGCAGGCAGGGGAGUUCCCCCGUCUCAUUCAAGAGCUUCGACUGUUUGGAGAGGAAUUCCCAAGUUACUUUCGUCUGGACCAAAGCCAGUUCGAUCACCUGCUCCAGAUGGUUGGAGCCAGGAUCACCCGGAUGGAUACCAACUACCGGGAGUCCAUCAGCCCAGUUGAACGCCUGGCGAUUUGUCUCCGAUUCUUGGCGACAGGGGACUCCUACAGGACCACCGGAUUCAGCUUCCGAGAUGGACGGUCCACGGUGGCAGGCAUUGUCCCCUCUGUGGCACAAGCCAUUUGGGACUGUCUGGUUGGUGAAUACAUGCCUGUGCCCAAGGAGGAAGACUGGAGGGCCAUCGCUGCCGAGUUCCUGGAGAGGUGGAAUUUCCCCAACUGUCUUGGCUCCAUUGACGGGAAACAUGUAGUAAUUCAGGCUCCACCGUGCUCAGGUUCGCAAUUCUACAACUACAAGGAUCCAUAUUCAGUUGUACUCUUGGCUGUUGUAGAUGCCAUCUACUGUUUCCGUGUUGUCGAUGUUGGUGCUUAUGGCAAGGGAAGUGAUGGCGGGACCCUCCGGGACUCUGCCUUCGGCCAGACACUUCAGGAUGGCACCCUGAAGAUUCCACCACCUGCAUCACUCCCUGGGGCUGAAGACCUGGGACCUGUUCCCCACGUCUUCGUCGGCGAUGAGGGCUUCCCUUUAAGACCCAACCUCAUGAGGCCCUACGCUGGACGCCAGCUGCCAUUGCCAAAGCCUGUAAGGAUCUUUAACAAACGACUGUCCAGGCAAGGUUAGUUGUUGAAUGCGCCUUUGGGAUUCUGGCAGCCCGGUGGAGAAUGUAUCGGAGAGUGCUUGGUCUCAGCCCCUCAAAUGUCGAUGCCUGCGUGAAGGCCACAUGUUCUCCACAACUACCUGCGGAGGUCAUUCCAGGAGCCGCUCCGGAUGGAGAUGGGCACGCCAAAUGGUCACCUACCUGAUGUCACCAGGGCAGGUGCCAACAACGCCCCAGACAGGCACUCCAGGUGAGGGAGAAGCUGACCACCUACUUCUCAUCGCCAGCAGGUGAAGUUCCAUGGCAGUAUGCCAUGGAGUGAAACAGCUCUUUGAAGAGCCCAAUAACACAAAGGUUAUUUUAAGAACCAUCCACCGUUGUCCAAAUAUAAUUUUUUCCCCAGAUUACUUUAUGUAUCAUUGUCUCUCUUCAUUUGGAAGCUAUAUUUAAGUGACAUUUGGGAGUAAAGACCACACCUUAAAACCCCUUCCCUCUCUCAUUAACGUCAGUAUUAUACACACCUGGCAUGGUACAUCAGGUGAGCAGGAGCACUAAUUAAGGUUAUAGGACAUACAGUUAGUAUGAUAACUAUGGGAAAGGGUAACCUAGGGUCCAUACAAAUAGUACAGUUUACCACCAUGUUCACUGGCCUGACAAAAUACAGGUGGGAAAAGAAUGAAUUAGGAAGAGAAUGUGUUUUUACUUUCAUCUUGUCUUAGAUCUGCGAAGGUGUAGGGAAGAAAUAAGCAGAUUAAGUCUAAAUGAGAUAUUAAUAAACAACUGAAACAACUGA